AUGGAGCCAAACUUGCAUGAAUGGUCUCUGGUUCCAGCCAUCAGGGCCGUCUCAUGUAUUUACUCGGGAGUUGUAUGUUCAGGAAUAGGCGUUUGCAUGAUGUCAUGGUGCAUCGAUAAAAAAGGCCCCCUUUUUGUUUCUGUGUUUAGCCCCUUAUUGUUGGUUAUCGUUGCAGCACUCAGCUGGGUACUUCUACGUGAGAAGUUAUGCAUUGGAACAUUGUUAGGGUCACUCCUGAUCGUGAUGGGACUGUAUUGUGUGUUGUGGGGAAAGACCAAGGAAAUAGAGUUGUGGAAAAGGAAGAAGAGUCACAAGACACAAAGGAGGAUAUGGAAAUGCAGUGAUCAUAUAUUAAACUUUGAAAUAAAAAUAUAUUAA